UCUUUCACUCCCUCUUGCCCCCCUCUCUUGCUCCCAUAUGUGCUGAGGACCUGUAGAUAAUCUUAGCCAGUCCUGUCCAGUAUAGCCACACUGUGCCACUGAGCUAAAACACUCUAACACAAAUCUCUAAGCCACCAUUUCAGAUUGCAGAGAGUGAGUGUGUUCUAUUGCUGGAGGAAAGUGUGUUUAGGUGGCUUGCAUAUUAUUUAAUAAGACCUGUUUGAGCAAUGAAGAGCAGAAAUCAUCCUUCCUCAUCUUCUUCCUCUUCCUGCAGUGGAGUGGCCAGAUCUGACAGCAAGAUCAGUGCUAAGGCCCUGUAUGAGCACGCAAGAAAUACUCCAACUCAAAUUUCAUAAUGCAGGAGACCUCACAGUACCAUGUCCAGCAUUUGUCAACAUUUAUAAUGGACAAGAGGGAGUCCAUUGCAACAGUAGAUGAUGCAGUGAAGAAGCUGAUUCUCCUGGACUCUAAAGACAAAAUCUACCAGGAGAUGCUUCUGCAGGUCAGCGACAAGGCUAUCAAACUUCUGGACUGUGACACUAUGGAGGAGCUGGAGAAUUUCCCACUCUCCACAGUGCAUCACAGUCAGACAGUGCUGAAACAGACUCGCUAUCCCUCUGUCCUCCUGCUGGUCUGUCAGGACGCAGAACAGCACAAACCAGAUAUACACUUCUUCUACUGUGAUGAAGUGGAGGCAGAUAUUGUGCAUGCUGACAUUGACAGUGCUCUUGGAGACAAUAAACACGGCAAGAAGAUGAGACCUCAGACACUAAAGAUGAACCAGGAGAAGAUGAAACGGCAACGGGAGACAAUCAUCCCCCCCUCAGAGCCCAAAGGUCCCACACCUGGAGCCAAAGGUCGCGUUGCAGCUAUGGACAUGAGAAGUGUAGAGAGGCAUGGUUUAGCUCAGCAUGAUGCAGAAUCCCAUGCGCAACUUGCCCAACACAUUGAGAAGGAUGUGCAAAUCCUAAAUUGUGCCCUGGAUGACAUUGAAAUCUUUGUGGCACGGCUACAGAAGGCUACAGAAGCCUUUGCUCAGCUCAACCAGCGCAACAAGAGCAGGAAGAAUAAGAAAAGAGCACCAGCAGAGGGUAUGUUGACUCUGAGGGCCAAACCUCCGUCUGAGGCAGAGUUCAUCGACAGCCUCCAGAAACUAAAGCUGUCCUUCAACCUUCUGGCCAAAUUGAAAAAACACAUUCAGAACCCCAACUCCUCAGAACUUGUCCACUUCCUGUUUGGACCCCUUGAGAUGGUCCUGCAGAGUUGUGGUAGUCCUGAGCUGCCUCGCUCAGUCAUCUCUCCUCACUUGUCUCGAGAUGCGGUGGACUUCCUGAGAGGACACCUGUCCCCUAAAGAGAUGACCAUCUUUGAGCUGCUGGGGCCUGGCUGGACACGACCCAGAGCUGACUGGCCAAGGGAUCAGUGUGCUCCUCUCUACAUCCCACAAUUCCGUAAUGGCUGGGAGCCUCCAGUGGAACUGCUCCUCACAUCACCAUGGGAGACUGAGACUGGAUCACAGUCCCCACUAUCAUCAAACGGGUCCUUCACAGCGCCUCCCCCUGGCCGGAAGUAUGCCAAGAUUCUUUACCACUUUGUGGCUGGCAAUGCCAAUGAGCUCUCUGUCCUUCAAGACGAGGUUUUAGAGGUAAUUGAGGAUGAUAAGCAGUGGUGGAAGUUGAGGAACAGGAGUGGGGAGGCCGGGUAUGUGCCCUACAACAUCCUAGAUGUAGUUACCCCAGAUGAUCUUCAUGGUGUGGACCCAUUAUAUAGCCCGUCCUAUAAAGGAGUGUCUCCCUCUGGGUCGUUGGGGAUUGGGGAGAUUUUUGACAGGCCUAGAUUACCACGUGGUAAAGACAAUCGCACAAAGUCAAUGGAUGAAAUGAAUGAUGAGCUGCUGAAGCGGCUCACAGAGAGUAAGAACCAGCCCCCAACUCGCAACUUCAGAGUGGAGCGUCACACCAACCCUACCGUCCCCCUCACCUUUGACUCCUCUCCUGCUGAAGUCACAAACUGGCUCAAUGCCAAAUAUUUCUCCAAACCGACGGUGGAGUGUUUGGGUAUUCUGAGUGGAGCUCAGCUGUUUUCCCUUAAUAAGGAGGAGCUGAAGGCCGUGUGUGGAGAUGAAGGGUCUCGUGUCUACAGUCAGAUCACUGUGCAGAAAGCGCAGCUAGAGAAGAGCCGAGGGGACUCUGAACUGCAGGAGGUCAUGAAGAAACAGCAGGAGAAGAUCGCCUCCUCCACCAACUGAGCAUGCUCACCUCAAUAUGUCAAUCAGACUGCACUCUGGCAUCGCUAAUGAAGACCCAUACUAACAAUAGAAGAUGACAGAAAUUUAGCAUUUCCUAUGAUCAAGUGCACAGUCCUACUUUAUCUUUUUAUCUCUCCUAACUAUCAAAUAGUCUACAUUUGGUUACAUCUAUUGCAAUUAUACACAGGCUAAAAUUUCAAAUGUCCUGUGCCAA